AUGCCCCAACUACCGUCGCCCCGCCUGCCGGGCGUGAACGUCCUACGGCCAGAAGCUACAGGUCCUGAAUACACAAGAUGGAGACGUGGCGUGAAGAGCGCGUUUGUAGCGAAGGGAACUUGGGCUCAUUGCGAUGGUAGCUGUCCGAUGCCUAUGCCAGACGCCGGGCCAAACUUCUUCUCUCCGGUAUCCUCCCCGAUAAACUCGCAACCGGAGCUAUUGGAAGAGAGAAGAGCUUGGGUGAAGAAGGAUCGGGAUGUCAAGUUGGAUAUUUUCCUUUCGGUCGCCGACGACAUCAAAUUGGAAGUCUUCGAGGUGGGACCGCCCCUCCCACCUUCCGCCAUGACCGCGAAAGAGAUGAUGGAGGCAUUGGACGCGCGCUUUGAGUCGUUCAAGUUCGAAGAGUACCACCACGUCUUCUGCCAUUUUCUGAAUCUUCAUAUCGACCAGUACUCCAACAUCGACGACUUCAACGCCGAGUUCCUGGCUACGUUGGAAGACCUGCUUGACCAUGGCCACCCAAUGUCAAACGCCCAAGCCUGCAGCGCCUACUUCUCCAAGCUGCGCUGCACCCAGAAUCCAUGGGUAACGAAGCAAUUGAAAGCCUGGGAUGCUCAAGACCCCGAGCCCCAGCUAGAGGAGCUCAUGAAACAAUCUCCGCCCUGGUCGAUUAUCCGCCCGCUAAUAACGUCCUCUAAACCCCCUUCUCAUCAAUCGUUUCCGGAGUCAAUUCCAGAGGAGACUCUGGAGGACACGCCCCCACAAUCAGACGGGGAAGAGGCGCCAUCGGAGCACUCAGAAGUCGCAACCGUAUCCUCCAAAUCCUCACACUCCCGCCACUCCUCGCGCUCAACGCAAAAGUCGCAAGAAAUCACCGUCCACGCCUCUUACGAAGACCUCACCGAGCUCGAAGCGUUCCCUAAUGUGCCAGUCAGCAUCCUUCCACCAACAGUCCACAAGCGCACAUCCAGCCUGUCCAAGCUUUCUCUGCAAUCCCUUCCACCACCGAUCAACAGGCCUCUGCCGCCUCUCCCACCA